AUGCUUAUUGGCUGGAGCAUUCCGAUUUACAUACUUUUCGUCGGCAAUAUCCCAUGCCUAGCUUCUCAAGUGAUCCAGAGGGGUGCUGAUGGUCUAUCUCGUGAAAGUGCAGUUGAGAUGCAUAACAAAGCCCGCACGGAGGCCAAUGGCCCUAAGCGUCCACCCUUGCGCUGGUCGCCAUCACUUGCGAGGGCAGCGCAUACAUGGGCCGCGCAUCUCGCCGCCACCGACCACCUACAGCACUCAACCGGAAGUGGGCAAGGUGAAAAUCUCUAUUGUAGCCUAGGCCAGAGCGAUGUCUCGUUCAGUGAUGCUGUAAUCUCUUGGGUUUCGGAAAAGCCUCUCUACCACGGCGAGCAUAUCCCCGACGGAGACUUUGAAUCUUAUGGUCACUACACUCAGAUUAUCUGGCCCAGCACGCGUGAAGUUGGCAUGGGCAUGGCCCGCUCAGCUAGUGGAUGGACUUAUAUUGUCGCGCGCUAUUCUCCGCCUGGAAAUUACUUGAGCCAGACGCCCUGGCAGUAA